CGAAAUGAACCGUUUAAGCUAUCUAGUGGUGUUCACCGCGGUGAUCGUCGGAUGCUGGGCCCGCUACCAUGACUACCGUCUCCCGGUCAACGGAACGCGUGGCGCACCGCACUUUGCGACUCAACCGAGCACGGAGGUUGGCAAACGCCACCGUAACUACAAGCACGGGGUGAACCGGUCCCAUCCGUUCGAGCUGGGCAUGGGCUACUACUACCAGAUGGACAUCAUGCUGAAGCCGGAUGUGGCCGAAAAUGCGGUGCCGAUCGUCAACUCGAACAUUAGAUGGCCCGGCGCAGUGGUUCCGUACGUCAUCGCGAACACGUUCUCUGCGGCCAACAAGACAAUCAUCACCACCGCGAUGGCGCAAUACGCUGCCAACACGUGCGUCCGUUUCGUGCCACGAACCACGGAGGCCACCUUCGUUACGAUCGACAACACUGCCACCGGUUGUUGGUCGUACGUCGGCAGAAGCUUGAACAACAGUUACAACCACGUGAACCUGCAGGUACCGAGCUGUAUCAGCACCGGCACCGUGGCUCACGAGCUGAUGCACGCGCUUGGUUUCUACCACGAGUUUACCCGCCCGGAUCGUGACAGCUACGUCAGCAUCGAUAUGGGAGCACUGGAUCCGAAGUAUCAGACAACCGCAUUCUAUAACGCCAACUUUGGCAAGCUGGCAGCAAGCCAAACGUUGCUGUACGGUAUUCCGUACAACUACGGUAGCGUGAUGCACUACUCCAAGUGGGGAGGAGCUGUUAGCUAUAACAGACCAGUGAUGAACAACUUGAAACCCUGGACUGGAGACUUUGGCAACAAGGUCGGUUUGGUAGCCACAGAUAUACAGUCCAUAAAAACGAUGUACUCGUGCCCAUAACGAUGUUCUGUGGUAAUGAUUAUGCUGACUAUAAAUUGAUAUAAAUCAUUUUGCAUGAAAAAAUAAAAACGAUAAUAGAAUAAAA